AUCAAACAGUGCGCAGAGCAACGUUGAACUGGCAGGUCGCGAAGCACACGAAAAAUUUCAUAUUUCGAUAGCUGGUUAAUGAAAUAACAACAAACAAUGGGCGAUAUGUUUCGCAGCGAGCAAAUGGCCCUGUGCCAAUUGUUCAUCCAACCCGAGGCCGCCUAUGCGUCCAUUGCCGAGCUGGGCGAGAGCGGCUGUGUGCAGUUCCGGGAUCUGAAUGAUCAGGUGAAUGCGUUUCAGCGUAAAUUUGUGACCGAAGUGCGACGCUGCGAUGAUAUGGAAAGACGUUUGCGGUAUGUGGAGAACGAGCUGCGCAAGGAUGACAUAAAGCUGCCAGUGCUGAGCGCUGACCAAGAGCCCGGAGCACCCAAUCCACGUGAGAUUAUUGAUCUGGAAGCGCAGCUGGAGAAAACUGAGAAUGAGCUGCGCGAAAUGUCAGCGAACGGCGCCAGCUUGAAUGCCAACUAUCGUCAUAUGCAUGAGCUGAAGAAUGUGCUGGAGAACACCGAGGGCUUCUUCUCGGAUCAGGAGGUUAUCAAUCUCGACUCUAAUCGCAUGACAGAUCCCAACGAUCCGAAUGCUACACAGGCGGGUGCACAACGUGGCCAGUUGGCCUUUGUUGCUGGCGUUAUAAGGCUGGAGCGCUACUUCAGCUUCGAGCGCAUGCUGUGGCGCAUAUCGCGUGGCAACAUCUUUUUGCGUCGCACCGACAUCAGCGGACUGUGCGAGGAUGAGGAUACGGGACGUCAGGUGCUGAAGACUGUCUUUGUUGCCUUCUUCCAAGGCGAGCAGCUGAAGCAGCGCAUUAAGAAAGUCUGCGCCGGCUAUCACGCCGAUGUUUAUCCUUGCCCCAGUUCGCAUGCGGAGCGCGCUGAAAUGAUACGCGAUGUGAAUGUGCGCCUGGAGGAUUUGAAGCUGGUGCUCAAUCAAAGCGCCGAUCAUCGCUUGCGCGUGCUCAACUCGGCCUCCAAGCACCUGGCGCGCUGGAGCAUUAUGGUCAAGAAAAUGAAAGCCAUUUAUCAUAUACUCAACUAUUUCAACAACGAUGUGACUGGCAAGUGCCUUAUAGGCGAGGGUUGGGUGCCAGUGCGUGAUCUGCCAACGGUGCAGAAUGCAUUGGCGCGCGGCUCGAAGCGCGUGGAGAGCAGCAUUCCAGCGUUUAUGAAUGUCAUAAGCACCAAUGAGCAGCCGCCGACGUUUACGCGCACCAACAAGUUCACCAGCGGCUUCCAAAACCUAAUCGACUCCUAUGGCAUGGCCAGCUAUCGUGAAGUGAAUCCAGCGCUCUACACUUGCAUCACCUUUCCCUUUUUGUUUGCUGUCAUGUUUGGCGAUUUGGGUCAUGGUUUAAUUCUAUUGGCCUUUGCUUCCUGGCUGAUCAUCAAAGAGCGCCAGCUGGCUGCCAUCAAAGAGGAAAUCUUUAACAUAUUCUUUGGCGGUCGCUAUAUUAUUUUGCUCAUGGGCUGCUUUUCCAUUUACACGGGUAUCAUCUACAACGAUGUGUUCUCCAAGUCCAUGAACAUUUUCGGCUCUGGCUGGCACAAUGCAUUCAACACUUCGACGAUUCUCGAUACGUCCACGCACUAUCUGCAAUAUCGUCCCAAAAUGAGCAAUUACAAAACUUAUCCGCUGGGCAUGGAUCCCAUUUGGCAAAUGGCGGACAACAAGAUUAUUUUCUUGAAUACAUUCAAAAUGAAGCUGAGCAUUAUCUUUGGCGUGCUGCACAUGAUCUUUGGCGUUUGCAUGUCCGUUGUGAACUUUGUGCAUUACAAGAAGUACAUGAGUCUGCUGCUGGAGUUUCUGCCGCAGAUUCUGUUUCUGAUUCUCUUGUUUGGUUACAUGGUGUUCAUGAUGUUCUACAAGUGGAUUGUCUACAGCGACUUUACGGAUGAGCAGGCGCUCACGCCGGGCUGCGCGCCUUCCAUUCUCAUUCUGUUCAUCAACAUGAUGCUCAAUGGGCAUCAGAAGCCGCUGGAUGGCUGCAAGGAGUACAUGUUCGAGGGCCAGGAACUGCUGCAGCAGCUGUUUGUCAUCAUAGCACUUGUCUGCAUUCCCUGGAUGCUGCUCGCCAAGCCGCUUUACAUUAUGGCCACGCGACCCAAACACAUUGCGCCGCCGCCACAAUCAACGCCUGGCAUGGCAGCUGUAGCAAAUGGUGGAGCACAUGGCGGUAGCGGUGGUGGGCAUGGUCAUGAUGAUGAGCCCAUGGGCGAAGUCUUCAUACAGCAGGCCAUACACACAAUUGAGUAUGUGCUGAGCACAGUCAGCCACACCGCCUCCUAUCUACGCCUCUGGGCCUUGUCCUUGGCGCAUGCGCAGCUCUCCGAGGUGCUUUGGAGCAUGGUGUUCGCCAAUAGCUUCAAGUUUCCAAACUACAUUGGCAGCGUUGUCACCUUCUUCAUCUUUGGCGCCUGGGCUGUGCUCACCGUGGGCAUUCUGGUGCUUAUUGAAGGUCUAUCCGCUUUUCUGCACACGCUGCGUCUGCACUGGGUGGAGUUCAUGAGCAAGUUCUAUGAGGGCGCUGGUUACGCCUUUGAACCGUUCAGCUUUAAGAGCAUACUGGAGGUCACUGAGGAAUGAGAGCGCAGGACGCUAUAACUUAACUUAACAAGAGCUAUCAAAAGCAUUUCUGUUUGAAAUAUAAAUUUCUUGUUCAUAUGCA